AUGGACGUGGCCGAUGUCACAGCAUUGAUGCCUUUGCCAUGUGAAGAAGAGAAUGAGAAACUCCGAGUGAAAAAAGCGAGCUACUGUAGUUCCAGUGAGUCACCUAAACUUCAACGAUUUGAAAGCGCAUUGCGAGAUGUCUGGGCUUCUCAAACCGACUACUUGUUGUCAAUGAUAGGUUACGCUGUAGGACUUGGGAACAUCUGGCGAUUCCCUUAUCUAACUUACAAAAAUGGAGGAGGUGCUUUUCUUGUUCCUUAUGUAGCCAUGCUGGCAUUCACAGGAAUGCCAGUCUUUUUCUUGGAGUGUUCACUUGGACAGUUUUCCAGCUUGGGACCAGUUUUAGUAUGGAAAGCUGUGCCAAUCCUACAAGGUGUGGGUGUCGCAAUGGUCUUUGUGUCAUCAUUUGUGGCCCUCUACUACAACUGCAUCAUAGGCUACAUUUUGUACUAUCUUAUUGUUUCCUUCCAAUAUCCCUUGCCAUGGUCAGGCUGUUUUGAAUGGUGGGGUGCUGAUGAAAGCUGCAGCAAUGAGCUAACAGAUCUUCCCUGCAAUUUUACACAGGCUAAUGAAACUAUUCAAGUACAACAUGGUGAAAUUUGCGCAAAUAAAAGUCAAAUCUACAUAACUCAAAGCUCGAGUGAACAAUACUGGCUUAAAGCAGUUUUGCAACGUUCAAAUACAGUUGAUGAGACCGGUGGGAUAGUCUGGCAUUUAGCCCUCUGCUACCUUCUGGCUUGGUUGAUAACUGUGGUUGUGCUAUGUCAAGGAAUCAGAUCUUCAGGAAAGGUAGUUUAUUUCACCGCAACAUGCCCUUACCUGCUUAUAUUUAUGCUAAUGAUUCGAGGAGCUACCCUGGAGGGUGCCCAGAAUGGAAUUGAGUACUAUAUUGGAAAGCAGUCAGAUUUCUCAAAAUUGGCUGAAGCUGAGGUUUGGAAAGAUGCAGCAACACAAAUAUUCUAUUCUAUUUCCGUGGCUUUCGGAGCUAUAACUGCAUUAUCAUCCUACAACAGAUUCAACAAUGAUUGUUACAAAGAUGCAGUCAUUAUUUCUUUUGUUAAUUGUGGUACAAGUCUGUUUGCUGGAUUUGCCACCUUCGCUAUCCUAGGGCACAUGGCUUAUGUACAGAAUAGGCCUGUUCAAGAAAUUGUGGAGUCAGGUUUAGGUUUGGUUUUUAUUGCCAACCCAGAUGCACUUGGACUCCUGCCAGUAUCAUCACUGUGGUCUAUAAUAUUUUUCUUCAUGCUUUUAACGCUGGGAAUUGACAGUCAGUUUGCAAUGAUGGAAACAAUUACAACAAGUAUAGCAGAUGCACUGCCAAAUUUUAUGCAAUCAAGAUACUUUUCAGUGGUAACCUUCCUUUGUCUAUCAUUCUAUUUCCUUGGUCUCAUAUUUGCAACACAGGCUGGUAUUUACUGGUUGCAAUUACUUGAUUAUUACUCUACUGGUUUGACUCUACUUAUAAUAGCUGCAUUGGAACUUGUUGGUAUAAUCUUCAUUUAUGGGGGAAACAGAUUCAUUGAGGACAUUGAAAUGAUGAUUGGUAAAAAGAGCUGGUACUUCUGGCUGUGGUGGAGAAUAUGUUGGUUUUUAAUUACUCCUUGCCUGAUAACAGGAAUCUUACUCUGGUCGUCUAUCUCAUUUCACCAACCACGUUAUGGAUCGUUUGAGUACCCAAUGUGGACAGUGCUAUUUGGCUGGUGUAUAUUUCUCCUCUGUAUUAUUUGGAUUCCAAUUUUGGCAGUUGUGAAAAUUACCCAAGCUAAGGGCUCCAACAUUUAUGAGAAAUUUAUUGCAUCGUGCAAACCUGCUCCUGACUGGGGUCCACUCUUGAAAAUGAACAGAGGGAACAGGUACAAACAUCAGACUGACCAUGUAUGAAAAAUACAUUCUUCUAUUAACUGUGUAAUGAAAUCAUAUUUUAAGGAUUUUAUGUUUACUAUACAUCAA